AUGGGUUUUAAUGGUGAGAUUCUUGCACCGAAAGAUAUCAUUUCAACUCAUGCUGUUCCCAAUCAGAUUGAAUGUUUCAGGAAAUGUCAUCAACAGAAGCUAUGUGUUGGCUUCAAUUUCUUAUUUGAUGCAAAAGAACAUGAGAUAAACUGCCAAAUUACUAACAAGAUAACAGACAGCAAUUUAACGAAAGUUGCCUCAGAAGGAAAAUGGACUUUUUAUCAAAGUCUACUACCGACGGAAAAAAACUGUGCAGAUCUUUACAAAAAAGGUGAAAAAAAGAACGGAGUUUAUGUAAUUGAUCCAGAUGGCCAGGGCACAUUCAGUUUCUUCUGUGAUAUGACGUCAUCUGGUGGAGGUUGGACUGUGUUUCAACGUCGUCAAGAUGGAAGUGUAGACUUUUAUCGAGAUUGGAGGGAUUAUAAGAAUGGUUUUGGUGAUCUGAAAGGCGAAUUCUGGCUUGGAUUGGAUAAAAUAUACCGACUAACAUCAGCCAAGAGAAAUAAACUUCGUGUUGACCUGGGAGACUGGUCAGGAAACAAAGCAUAUGCUGAAUAUGAUUAUUUUGCUGAACAGCUGGGGAUUCAUUAUCCAGACAUAAUGGCAGCGAUAAAAAAUGGAGGAAACUGUGCUUUUGACGCCAAAGGGGCUUGGUGGUAUCAGAGCUGUUCUGAUUCCAACCCGAAUGGGCGCUACAUUAGUGGCAACCAAGACAGCUUUGAGGGUAUGACUUGCUAUCAUUGGACACGUUAUAAAUCCUUAAAGUUCACUGAGAUGAAAAUAAAACCAUAA